AUGGAUGUUCGAAUUCUGGUGCAAGUCGAAAAUAGACGCAAGAUUGUAAGAGUUCCCACAGGUGACUUACAAGACCUAAGAGAGAGAGUUUUUACUGAAUUCGAUGGCAUUUUGCUGCCGCAAUCCAAAGUAAUUUUCCAGAAGUGGGAUGACGAGUUCAGUGAUUAUGUUGACUUAGAAGAGGGCUGUUAUUUAAGCGAUAAGGACAAAGUGCAGGUUCUCCAGGAAUUUUCCUUGAGCGGCCCUCCUAGCACACCAGUAGCAGAGGUGAGUGAUGGUUGAGAUAUUUUAAGUUUCGUAUUCUCUGAGAAGGGCAGAUAGUUCUUGAACAAAUUAUAACAUCUCCAAUUUAAACCCAAAGUUAGCAAUGAAAAAAUGCUACUUCAUCUCUUGAGGUGUAAGUAUCCCACAACAGGUGAAGUUAACAAUACUUUCCUUUUGCAUUUUUUUGGCAAAACAAAUUUCCUGCAAGUCAUGUACUGUUUAGUUUGUAAGGUUACAUGAUAUGCCACCCUUCAUACAAUUCAUUGAUGAUUGCUAUGACAAGCACCACAACCGUUUAACAUGAAAAGUAGGGCUGUCUGUAUUAUUUUUUCCUCAGCAGCACUGCAGGGCUCUUACGUCACCAGGAACUUCGAGCAUAAGUUCAGCUGAAUCUUCCAAGUCAACCAUUUCAGUAGACACAGACAUGUCAGAGUUAAGUGAUGAUGAAGCUGUACCUCAGGUAUCACAACAGCUAAAACCACCUCAAGGCAAACUAGAUCAAGGGAUUCCUAUCCCAGAUGGAUUUCCAAGUUCCUUUAAGAUGCCACAGCAUUUUGAUCGGAAAGUUGACCGAGCUUUAGAGUCUGGGGAGGUGGACAACAAAGUUAGAAACUCUGUUGUUAGAACAGUUGCAACUUGUGUGCGCGCUGUAGUAAACAAACCAACACCUCUGAUGUGUGAAUAUUUGGCCAGAAAAUUAAUACAGACAUAUCCUUGCUUACGAGAAAGGGACCCACGUGAGUUUUUAAAACAAGCAGGAGUGAAGGUGGAUAACAAGGGGAAACCCUUCCAAAAUUGGGUAAGGCUUAAAUAAGGAAAUAUGUAUGUCAGGGUAUUUUUUGGUACUUCUUUUAAAAGUCAGCAGUGUGGAGCAGUUUUCAAUAGAACGUCCAAAGUGGUCCAUGUUUUUGCUCAAGUGUUACCACUUAAUCUCAUGUCACGCUGUAGAUGGUAACUUUUCUGGUCACUAUUUUCCUCUAGCACCUGUACAUGUAAACUUAAGUCGAUUGAGGCAGUGACUGUUAAGUGCCAUUCCUAGCACACAGUAUGAUAGCUUGGUAGCAAAGUGAACCCUUAAUUAUUUUGUUAACGAUAAUGCAUUUCAAAUAAGUUACCAAGCUGUCUCGGGUCCAGUACCACAAUAAGCUGGUGAGACCAAACACUGGUUUGAAUGGGUUGAACAUUUGGAAUUAGGUUUUAUGGAGCUAGCCUUGGAAUCUUACAGAAAAACAAAAAAAAAAAUGGUGUGACCGAUUUUAAAGUUAAUAAUGUAUGUCUUAUCUUUUGUCAGGCAAUGCUGAAAAGGCAGUUUCAAAGAAAAUUUGAAAAUAUGCAAAGUGGUCAGUCUGAUAAAGCAGAAGAAUAUCCAGAUUGCAGCAUGUCAGGGGAGGGGUCUCAAGGAAGUGGUAAAUAAGUUUGCAUGAUGUUUUAUCAAAUGCAUAGGCAAUAGGUCACUUACAGUAAAAACAUAGCUUGUAGAUUAGUUUUAUAUAGUCAUAGCAGCGUAAUUUGUCUAUCCCUUAUUGCCACAUGUAUUAACAUGAUCUAGUAACUUACAAAAAGUGUACUCCACUGAAACAUCACUUUUUGCUGGGAAAAAUUGUAAAUAAAGACGAUUACAUGUAUCUUGUUCCAAUUCUCUUGCAUACACAGGACCUACAAUUGAGGUUGAUGAUACCAUCUCCACAGAGCGUAAUAUUAAAAAACUAAAAUCAGAGCUAACAAAGAGCAAGUGGAGUACUAAAACUGUCCAAGAACUUCUGAGGGCAACCUUCACAGCACGGAGAAAGGCCAUGCUUAAAGUUGACGCCAGAAAUAGAAUCACAAAGUCUUUACAAGAGUACAGGUGUUUAAGUCAUGAGGUGGAGGUAAGUAAUAAUAUUGUUGUAUGCAGUAUAAUGGCAAUGAAGAAAGUCAAAUCCAUUUUGCACUAAGUGAAAACAUUUCCAAAAGUAAAUAAGUAUCGUAACAUUACCAACUGUUAUUAAAUAGCUAAACAUUCCUGACAUGUCUUCAUGUGGUGUAAUAUUCACAAGAUAUUUCCUUUUUCAGUUUGAGGCUGAACUGCUGAAUUGUCUUCAACAAACAUGUGGGAUCUCCUUGUCCAUGGAAGAGAUGAUGUCCAGUUGGGAAAAGCUUGUGGAUCCACUUAUCAACGUGGCCCAGAAAAGGAAGAUCCUGACAUCUGUUGAUGAAGGUAACCUGAAAUUUGCAACUUGCAAUUUCAUUCGCAUUAAGACAAGGUCUUAUCGCAAGAUUAUAUUUCCCAUGGUGAGCUGCUGGUUUUACCCUUCUCAAGAAAACAUCCAGUGAAAUAGAAUGCAAGGAUGACAAUCACAGGAUGAAAGUUACUACACAGAAGGUUGUUUUUUGUAAAAUACAUGUGUAUCAUAUUAAUGUUACAGAAACCUGUAGUGAGGAAGCUGCUAAAAAUUGAAAAAUUUGCAGACUGUGCUGGACAGUAACAAUCAGCUGAUCUUCUCACCUGAUUUAAUUGUAGAUCCUGAUACAAAGGAAAUCAUGGCUUUGAGAUCUCUUCCCACAAUUUUCAAGUUAAUCAAUGGGGCUACAGUACAUGAUGCAGAAAACCAUUUCAUAUUUGUUGCCGAGGUAUGUUCCUCAACCGCUUGAGCUAGCUGUUGCUAUAAUGUUACUUUUGCUAACAUAACUGUUUCCUCAUGGAGCUUAGGCAAAUAUUUAUUUAUGCCCUUUAUUUUUUUGCAGUAAAAGGUGCAAUAAAGUUUGAUUUGUUACUGGCAGUUUUAUUUUGUGUCCAUUUUAAUAAUAAUUCAAACAAGUCUUCUAGGACCUCAGUUCACUUUAUUUUUCUAUUGAGACUGCAAUACCAAUUUAUGUUAUUCUGAGAGGAGAUAGAAGUCUGGCACUGAAGUAAGGAACUUUAAUGAAUGACACUGUGAAGCCAUAAACUAGCAGUGACUUGCACAAACCUUAGAAAAAUUAAUUUUUUUUUUGGAUCUGUUCUUUUACAGGAUGAUGCCUCCUUUGAAGCUGCUAGAGCAAAAGCACCGUCAUCUUCACCUUUUUUGAUGGUGAAUCCAGGAAAACAGGUCCUCCUCAUGCAAAGCAAUAAAGAGAGUUUUAUGGAACUUUCUGCUGAUUGCCUUGCAAAAGCUGUAGUUUUUUUAGUUGGUAUUUAUUACAUAUUCCAUCUUGAAUAUCCUGGGCCUGCAAAGGGUGCAUUUAUGUUUUUGCAGGAACACAUAUUGCAUGACUUUCUAUCUAAGAGGCCAUUAAGGUAUGCUACGCGGUUGGCAGAAAUGAAGCUGUAG